UUAAAGUAUAUCAUGUACAUUUAGGAAAACACAUCGUGGUUCUCGCAUAGUUGGGUACAGAGUCAACUGAACCAGCUAUUCUCUUGAACAGUCAUAUGGAUGUAGUAUCUGUCUUUGAGGAUAAAUGGAUAUAUCUAUCAUUCAGCGCUCACAUGGACGAACAUGGAAACAUCUACUCACGUGGCAGUCAAGAUAUGAAAUGUGUUGGAAUACAGUAUCUGGAAGCUGUAAGACGUAUGAAAAUGUCUAAUCAACGCUUCAAGGGAACUGUUCAUAUAUCCUUCGUACCCGAUGAAGAAAUUGAUGGUAAACUUGUUAUGAAGGAGUUCGUCCACACGAAUGAUUUCAAGACUUUAAAUAUCGGUUUUGCGUUCGAUGAAGGAGUCGCUGAUUCUCGUAUCGAUACAUUCUACAUAUUCAACGGUGAAAGAUCUAUUUGGCACAUAGAAGUACAUUGUAUUGGAAAUCUAGGAUCCUUAUUGCUAGAUAAUACUGCUGGAGAAAAAAUCCGAGUUAUAAUUGAUCGAUUUAUGGACUUAAGAGAGCAUUGGAAAAAGAAAAAUUGAAAGACCCUGGCAAAUAUCAACUUGGCCUUGUUACGACAAUUAAUCUAACUCAAUUAAAGGUAUACAGCAACGUAUUUCGUUUUUCAUUCAUUUUUUGCUCAUUUAUAUUAAGGAAACUAUUAAAAAUGUAUUAUUUAAUUAUUAGUAAG